UGAUCGGCUGCUUCUCGGGACUAUACGUCCGCAGUCGGUACACGUUCUGUAGCCUUGAUUAUCUGUAAAAAAAUGACUUCGACAGACACAGUUACAAAUACUCAACUGCAACCCACGAGAAACUAUGACUUUCUGUACGAUCCCUUGUACACACUAUCAAGUGAUAGAGAUCAUGCCAGGGCAACGUUUAAAGCACAUACCGAUGCAAGCAGAAUCAAGCGGGUUCCAAUUUUCAAGACAAUGUUUAGUGAUGUUCGUAACUAUCCAUGUUAUCAAAUACAGCUUGAUGGUACAGACCCUGUACCAAACUUCAUUCCCAGACAGUGGAGAGGAUACUCACAACAAGCUAGAGAUGCUAUAAACAGAUACAAGAAAUUUAAUUAUGAUCCAUCAGUUCAAGUUCCACCAAAGAAUUACCCAGUAACUGAUGUUGGUGGAGCUGAUAGAUACAAGUUUUUUAGAAGGCCAAUUAUUCCGUUUUUACAGCCAGUUCCUGCUGAUGCAAUUUUGCAGACAACAAAUGAAGCUUUGGCUGCUACCGGCAUUUCUCAUCAAGAAGACGAGGAAUGUUUACCAACUUCAUUGACUCGCACUGUUGAAGUUCAAACUGAUUACAGAGAUAGUGAAGCGCAAACUGAUCCCUAUACACCUGAGUAUGUCAUAAGGCCAGGUUCACAACCUGAGCUACUUACACUCUCGUCUCUGUUAUAUGGUCAUGGUUUACCUGCUGGUCUUGCUGAAGUAGAGAUGAUAGAACGUGCUAGGGCCAAAAGGGCUUGGGAAGCAUCUCUUCCUGCUUUGAAUGAUUGGGAAAGUUUGGAAAAAAGAAGAAAAAUGAUGGAUGAGCAAGAGAGAAAAGAAUGGGCUUUUCGCGAAAGUGAAAUUGAAAAAUUACAAGAAGCUAGGCUGAAGGUCUUGGAACAGAUCUUACAACAACGUGAAAACAAACAUGCUGAAAUGACAAGCACGCGUCUAAACAAGCUAUGGUCAGAAAAACAGCUGGCUAACGAUGAAAAGUUUCGAAAAUUAGAAGCUGAACAUAUCAAAGCUGUUCGAAAAGUCACCGAAAAACGUAAACAGGUUGAAGGAAAACUUGAAAGGCGUGAUGUCAUCAAGGAUUAUUCCAACUAUGAUUCCCAAACCUAUGCUCCUAUGUCACGUGUUGGAGUUUUCCUUGACCGUGGCUCAGAGCAAUAUGUUGUAAAAAGUAGUUAUUUGUCUACAUAUCAAGGAUUACUAGAACUCGAGGCAUCUUUACCGGACUUUGUAACCCGUCCAAGAGUGUUUGCUCCGAAGCCAAAAUCUGCUUAUAAAGGUGGCUUUGUUAAACGUAGACAGCGAAGACAACAAGAACUGGAUGAAGUUGCGAAAGCUAUUGAACAUUCGAAGAAAUCUGCUGCUUCUACAAAACCCCUGCGAUUUCUUGAGAAAGUUGAAAAACCUAUCCCCAGACCUCCGACACCAUCUGUGCACGUACCAUCUCAGGUAGAAGAAGAUGAAGAACUGGCUGUGAUAUUUCUUCAGAAAUUAUUACGCGGUAGAGCUAUCCAGAAUAUGAUGUAUGAAGGAAAGGAAAAAAGACUUGAACUGAUUAAGGAAUUACAAAACACACACGCUUUGCAGUUGGCAGGUCAGGUUGAAAGACGAAAAGAACGUCAAUGUGUACUCAGUGAUCAAAGAAUGAGAAGACUUGAAAACCAUAAAGAGUCUCUUGCAAACGAAGCAUUGUCAGAAAUGGAGGGCUCAACUGUUGCAGACAUGUUUGAUUUUCUUAGCAAGGAGCUUAUUAGACUGCAGGAAGCUCGACGAAUACAGGCAUUUGCCAUGCUUGCUGAAAGAGAAAGAAGAAUGAGAGAGGCAGAAGAAAGUGGAAGACGACAAGUGGAAGAACGACGACGUAGAGAAGAAGAUGAAAUGUUCAAACAGGUUGUGCGUGUUCAUCAGAAAACAGUUGCAACUUACCUUGAAGAUAUUAUCAUAGGAACUGUGCAUAAAACUGCAGAAGAACAGGCGCGACGUGAAAUUCAAAUGAAAGCUGUAAAAAUCAACGAAAUUGCUCAUGCCAUGGAGAAAACUAAAACGAGGUUGCAGUCUGAGGAAAUAGUUUCUGAACUUGUACACUCGUUCCUAAUACCUGAAGUUCUGAAGAUAACUGUUCGAGAGAGAGUGCGACAAAAUCAACGAAAGCAUCUUCUUGCUGCCCAUAAAACAAUACAUGGUGAAGUUGAAGAUGUUGCCCAAAAAUCUAAACUUCGAGAUGGUGAAAAGGAUCGUGAAGAUGAGUGAAUUGUACUUUUAUAUUUCAAUGUUGUACUAUAAAUAACUGCAUAUAUGUAUUAUUAUCAAAUUAAAGUUUCCCGUUUUGGGUUUGUUACUUUUGUUAA